AUUUCCAACAAAGACUAUGCUGUGACCAAACCAGCGACUCAUUUUUAAAUACUAUAGAUAUAACUGUACCUAUUGAACCGCCGGAAAGAUAACGGAAUGAUUUUCUUAAACCACAAACAUGCAGGAAUGAUUUAAAUGCUGAAAGCGAAACAUACACGAUGAAAAAUCUAUUAAUGGAAGCAAACUAGAAUGAAAGUGCAUCGUAGAUAUGCGGGAGUGAGCAUGGCAAAGAAGAUCCGGCGGCUUAGAGGAUAGCAAACCAUUUCCACGAGUUAAUGCCCAAAGGUGCAGCAAUUCUCAUAAUUAGUAUUCCAGACUCAGUGUACGGCUUAAAGGGUUUUGUUUGCAUUUUUUUUUCGAGGUUGGACUUACCUAACAUGGUGGUCAUGGAUUCCCAAGCAAAUUCCUGCAAUUGUUUUAGAGCGGCAUAGUAGACUGCUCUUUUGUUUUGUGCAUCCUGCUAUUUUCGGUGAAUUUCUCCAAGCGGAAGGCAUUGAGAAAUUUCCGCUGAGUAUGGCGGACAAAGUGAAAAAAACGAAGGUAGAAGACGUUAAUCUUGACAGCGAACUCAUUCUUGCAAUUGAGAAGCUGCAGGAAAUUCAGGAAGAGCUCGAGAAAGUUAAUGAGGAAGCAAGUGACAAAGUGUUGGAGGUGGAGCAGAAGUAUAAUGAGAUACGACGGCCUGUUUACGAGAAGCGCAAUGAUCUUAUUCAAACAAUUCCCGAAUUCUGGCUCACUGCUUUUCUGAGCCAUCCAGCCUUGUGUGAUCUACUGACCGAAGAAGAUCAGAAGGUUUUUAAGUAUUUACAAUCAAUUGAUGUUGAAGAUUUUAAAGAUGUGAAGUCUGGAUACAGCAUUUCUUUUACAUUCCGCCCAAAUCCUUAUUUUGAGGAUACUAAGCUGACAAAAGUAUUCCGGUUUACUGAUGAGCUUACCACAUCGGUAUCAGGUUCUAUGGUUAAAUGGAAAGAUGGCAUGGAUUUGACCAAUGGGGUUGUUCCAGACAAAGAGGGGAGGAAACGCUCUCUUCAAGAAGAAAGUUUUUUCAAAUGGUUCAGUGAGACCCAGCAGAAGGUUCCUUCUGAUGUAAUUCAUGAUGAGGUGGCAGAAAUAAUUAAGGAAGAUCUCUGGCCUAAUCCACUGAAGUACUUCAACAAUGUGAGUGGGAAUAUGGAAGCUGAUGAAGAAGAUUAUGAGGACGAUGAUGACAAUGAAGAUGCCGAGGACCCUGUAAGUCAAAAUAUGGGAAAAGGUGAUGAGCACACUGAUGAAGAUGAUGAUGAACAAGAUGAGGAUGACGAAGUAGAUGACGCCUAAAAUUAUUUACAAUCUUUGAAUUAAGUUCUGAUACCUGACAAGAACUAAACCAAGCAUGGUUCUGUAUACAUGGUUGCUUGAGAGACAUGUUUAACUUAUAUAUGGGCUGUAAUUAUUUAUGAUACAUUCAGAAACUGGUUGCCAUGCAAACAGCCUAGGAAAUCUUUGAAUUAAGUUCUGAUAUCUGACAAAAACUAAACUAGGCAUGGUUCUGUAUACAUCGUUGCUUGAAAGACAUGUUUAACUUAUAUAUGGGCUGUAAUUAUUUAUGAUUUAUUCAGAAACCGGUUGCCAUGCAAACAGCUUAGGAAAUGUUUUGGUCUAUGCUGAAGUGUUUUGAUUAUCCUCACUAUGUACGGUUAUAAAGUGAGGAGAAGAUCAAGUUCAAACAAAUGAUGUGUUUAGGAUGGUCAAGGAUAGCUAUUUUACAUGAAACUUCAUAAUUG